GAGGGGUUUGGGCGCUGGUGGGCGGGAGGAGGCGCAGCCGGCUGCCGUGGGCUGUCCGCUACGGUGAGCCAUACUACCUAAGUGCUGCUGUUGCUUAGGCUUCGUCUAAGUGGACUUGUUCUACAGGCGACGUUCGUGCGCUACACGGCACAGGACAGGACACGCGGCGGCCUCGGCCUCCCUCCUGCCUUCUUGUUUCAUGUCGGCCUUGGAGAAGACCAUGCACCUGGGCCGCCUGCCCUCCCGCCCCCCCUUGCCGGGCGGCGGGGGCAGCCAGAGCGGAGCCAAGCUGCGCAUGGGCCCUGGAAGAAAGCGAGACUUUUCCCCUGUUUCCUGGAACCAGUACUUUGAAUCUAUGGAAGAUGUAGUAGUGGAGAAUGAAAGUGACAAAGAUACUUUUCGAAUUUAUAAGAGUGGUUCAGAAGGUCCAGUCUUGCUGUUGCUGCAUGGAGGAGGCCAUUCUGCCCUUUCCUGGGCUGUGUUCACUGCAGCAAUCAUCAGCAGAAUUCAGUGUCGGAUUGUGGCACUGGAUCUGAGGAGUCAUGGUGAGACAAAAGUCAAGAAUUCUGAAGAUCUCUCUGCAGAAACUAUGGCAAAGGAUGUAGGGAAUGUUGUUGAAGCUAUGUAUGGAGAUCUUCCUCCUCCUAUCAUGCUAAUUGGCCACAGCAUGGGAGGUGCCAUUGCAGUCCAUACAGCUGCAUCUAAUUUGGUGCCAAGUUUACUGGGUCUCUGCAUGAUUGAUGUUGUUGAAGGUACAGCAAUGGAUGCUUUAAACAGCAUGCAGAAUUUCUUACGAGGUCGCCCUAAAACCUUCAAGUCCCUGGAGAAUGCCAUAGAAUGGAGUGUAAAGAGUGGCCAGAUACGAAAUCUGGAAUCUGCCCGAGUUUCAAUGGUUGGCCAAGUCAAACAAUGUGAAGGGGCUCUGAGUCCUGAAGUCUCUAAAACUGUAGUGGAAGGGAUCAUAGAGGAAGAAGAGGAAGAUGAAGAAGGAAGUGAAUCUGUUAACAAAAGGAAGAAGGAAGAUGAUACUGAGGCCAAAAAGGACCAUCCAUAUACUUGGAGAAUUGAACUGGCAAAAACAGAAAAGUACUGGGAUGGUUGGUUCAGAGGCUUAUCCAAUCUUUUUCUUAGCUGCCCUAUUCCUAAGCUUCUGCUUCUGGCAGGUGUUGACAGGCUAGAUAAAGAUCUCACAAUUGGCCAGAUGCAAGGAAAGUUUCAGAUGCAGGUUCUUCCUCAGUGUGGCCAUGCAGUUCAUGAAGAUGCUCCUGACAAGGUAGCCGAAGCUGUUGCAACUUUUUUGAUUCGUCACAGGUUUACAGAGCCCAUUGGUGGAUUUCAGUGUGUCUUCCCUGGCUGUUAGUGUCCCGAUGUCCUUCAGCAUCAAGAUCCAUUGUAAAUACACCACACCAGAGGCCACUGUGAUGUAGCUGUAUCUUCCUCACCUUGUCCCCUGCCUAGCCCAGCCAUGAGACAUCUGCUCAUUGAUAGAACUAGUAUCCCCAACACAUGUAAAACUUUUAUGUGUAUUCUUGACAAAAUAUUUUGCUCAAGACCCUUAAUGUGCAUCUGUGUCCCAAAUUCCACAUUUAUUUUGGGCCCCAAAGUUUUCUUCUCUCUUUCCUAUUCCAUCCCAUUCUACCCUACUUCCCCCUUCCAAAGGGGGCCAUAUUCCCUAAACCAAAAUGACCAGUUGUAGAGUGGAGUUGCCACAUUUUUAGUACAUUGACUGAAGCCACUAAGUGAGCUCCUUGCUUUCAGUCUUGGGGAGAUUAAUUGGACCCUGCCAGUCUCCUUUUGGGGAGGCAGGGGGUGGCCUAGUUCAAUGCUGGGAACGCCAUUUCCCAUUCUUGGGGUAGGAAUGGGAAGGUAAGGGUAUUGAAGGGAUUUUUUUCUUUGGCCUAGCCCUAGACAUCCAAAGUAUAUAUGAAAAGUACUUCAUAGCCAUGUUUAGGGGUGAGGAGCCUUUUUUUUCCUUUAAAUAAAAUGACCAAUCAGGUUACUGUUUUCUCCAUGGUUUGAUCCUUUCAGCACACUCUAGGGGCUGUUAUUUGCUUCUGCUCCAGGGGUGACAGCAGCCCAGUUUUAGGCACAAUUCCCAGUGUGAUUCAGGCACAUGGGAUCAGGGAGGGGGAGAAUAUUGCAUGUGCCAGAGCCUGCCAGGGAAACCAGGGAGGGUCCAAUCCAAGCACAUUAUUCCACCCAUACAAUGGGUACUGUACUAUCCUAUCUCUUAGAUAGACUAUAGACCAGACUGUACUGUUCUCUCAGAAGACAUUGAGCUCUGGCUGUGUCUUCUAUUACUCCCUCCCGGAGUGGGGUCAUCACAUCAGUUCCCCUUGGCUGGGCUUUCCUGCCUUCCCAGUGUCACCCCAUCUGCCACCGACUGGCCUUGCUUGAACGAGUGAACCCUGUCCGGGGAGCUGCCGAGAUUAAGCCCAUUCAUUGUUAACCAUUGAGCUGUGGUGUGGUGCAAAGUGUGUGUUCGCCUUUCCCCUAUCCACCUCUUCACAGCCUGAGUAGUUUCCACGAGUUUCCUUUUCAUAGAAGCAGCACAGCUGACCCCUCCUCACUCCCUCCACCACAAGGGGAGGUGUCAUGUUUCCCUAGUGUUGAGGGGAGGUCCCCAAAAGCCAUGCCUAUUCUGUGUCUUAGGUGCUGCUCCUGCCCUACCCUGCUCCUUACCUCAAGCCACUCUGUUCUACUACACAGUCAGGCAUCUGGGACCCGCUUUGUUCCUUUGGUAUUUAUGAUCUUGUUUAAAGAAAAUAAAUAUUCCCAGCCUAUCUGGCA